UUACGUCUUUCGUUUGUUUAUUAUGUGUAAAAAUGAUAAUAGAGAAAGUUUAUUUUGUGAAAUCCUAAUAUUGUGGACAGUAUUGCGAAUUAAAUUGUUUUGUGAACCGUAAAUAAUGAAUCAUACGUGAAUGUUGGUUACCGAAGUACAAAUUCUAAAAUUAAAAUACGAAAUAUGUUUUUUCUUACUCAGUCUUUGUGUAUGUCUAGUUCUUGACACAACGUUCAUCAGGCUCAAGUAAAUUCAUGAGCAGUAAAUUUAAAAUGGGGACGUUUACGUUCACAUUUAAGGGACUGUUCAUGGCGUUUUUAGUAUUUUCUAUAUUUUGUCUUUGUUUAACCUCAAUAUGGGCUCACCUUGGGGAUAGAACGUACGUAAUGACUAAUGAAGAGAGAGAAGAACUCAGGGAAGAGGCGCGCGACAUGUUCUACCACGCGUACCAGGCGUACAUGGAGAACGCGUACCCCGCGGACGAGCUGAUGCCCCUGAGCUGCCGGGGCCGGUGGCGGGGCCGGGAGCCGGGCCGAGGCGACAUCGACGAUACGCUCGGCAAUUUUUCUCUGACACUGAUUGAUGCACUGGAUACGUUAGUGGUGCUGGGGGACCUGCAGGAGUUUGAGCGCGCCGUGAAGCUGGUCAUCAGGGACGUGAGCUUCGACAGCGACGUGGUCGUGUCCGUGUUCGAGACCAACAUCCGGGUCCUGGGGGGCCUGCUGUCGAGCCACAUCCUGGCCGAGUACUUCCAGCAGCGGGCGGGCGUGAUGCGCUGGUACCGCGCCGAGCUGCUGGACCUGGCCAGGGACCUGGGCUACCGGCUGCUGCCCGCCUUCAACACCACCACGGGCAUCCCUCACGGCCGGGUGAACUUGCGGUACGGGCUGAAGAGCUCGCGGCUGGACGCGUCUCGGGAGACCUGCACCGCCUGCGCGGGCACCAUGGUGCUGGAGUUGGCGGCCCUGUCGCGCCUCACCGGGGAGCCCGUCUUCGAGGAAAAGGCCCACCGUGCCAUGGACGAGCUGUGGAGGAUCCGGCACCGCUCCUCCGACCUCAUGGGCACCGUCCUCAACAUCCACUCCGGGGACUGGGUGCGGCGAGACUCGGGCGUGGGCGCCGGCAUCGACUCCUACUACGAGUACUGCCUCAAGGCGUACAUCCUGCUGGGCGACGAGCGCUACCUGGGUCGCUUCAACAAGCACUACUCGGCGGUGAUGAAGUACAUUAGCCAGGGCCCCAUGCUGAUAGACGUGCACAUGCACCGGCCCAACACCAACUCCAGGAACUUCAUGGACGCCCUGCUGGCCUUCUGGCCGGGACUCCAGGUGCUGAAGGGAGACAUCAAGCCAGCCGUGGAGACGCACGAGAUGCUGUACCAAGUUAUGCAGAAGCACAACUUCAUCCCAGAGGCGUUCACCACAGACUUCCAGGUCCACUGGGGGCAGCACCCCCUGCGGCCGGAGUUCCUGGAGUCGACCUACUUCCUGCACCGCGCCACGGGCGACCCCUACUACCUGGAGGUGGGACGCAGCGUGCUGCGCAGCCUGCAGAGGCACGCCCGCGUCGCCUGUGGCUACGCUGCCGUCAGGGACGUGCGCACGGGCAUGCACGAGGACAGGAUGGACUCGUUCGUGCUGGCGGAGACCUUCAAGUACCUGUACCUGCUGUUUGCGGAGCCGGCAGACCUCUUGCUCGAUCUGGACGAGUUCCUGUUCACCACGGAGGGCCACCUGCUGCCGCUGUCGCUCGCCCACAGCGCCAACCACAGCCUGGCCACGGUCCUGGAGCUGGACGACGCGGAGGACGACGACGUGCAGUUUGCGCGCUCGUGCCCCAACACGCUGCACCUGUUCCCCGAGUCCGUGCGUCGCCCCCUGCGCAACAUGGUGCACGCGACCUGCCCGCGCACGUCUGCCCGCCGCCGCCUGCGCGCCGGGGACUUCCAGGCGGGGAACGCGGAGCACCUGAAGAUGGUGAGGGAGAUGGGCAUCACCAUCAUGACGCUGCCCGACGGCCGGGUUCAGCUGCUGCACUCUCACGCCAACGCGCGGUCCUCCUCGGACGCGGAGGAAGGCCUGCUCUUCAUGCAGGAGAUGGUGGAGCUGUCCAAGGCCCAGACGCAGCAGGCGGAGACCCAGCCCCAGGCCGUCGUCUUCCGCAACAGCGAGAACCACGACGUGGUCAUCACCGCGGGGCCCGCCCACUUCGGCCACGAGCUCAAGGACAGCGAGAAGGUGACGGGGCGGGUGGGCGUGGCGGAGCCCCUCAAGGCGUGCACGGACCUGGCCAACGCGGAGCGGCUGCGCGGCAGGAUAGUCGUGGUGGAGCGCGGCGACUGCAUGUUCGUGGACAAGGCGCGGCGGCUGGAGCAGGCGGGCGCCGUGGCGGGCAUCGUGGUGGACGACACGCCCGGAUCCUCGGCCGCCUCCUCGCCCAUGUUCGCCAUGUCCGGGGACGGCGCGGGGCGCGUGGGCAUCCCGGUCGUGUUCCUGUUCCACGACGACGCGUCCGGCCUGCUGUUCGCGGCCGACCAGGACCCGGGCCUGCAGGUGUCCAUCAUGAACAUGAGCACCGCCGAGCGAGUGCCGGCAGGCAGGCAGAACGGGGUGGUUCGUUGCGCAGAAGCGGAGGUGGUGUCGCAGACCAAGCCGCCUCAGCACGCCGAAGCGGCCGGCGUCGACCCGAAGGAAGCUGAUGUUUCUCCCGAAGUGAAGCUCAAAAUAUCCAUCAAGGACUUCCUGGAAAAAGCCAAAGUUGUGUGGGGCGCGGAGGACUCCGACAAGCAGCGGGACUGGGCCAGGCUGCGCGAGGCGCUCACCGCGUCGCUGGCGGGUGGCCAGGGGGCGGCGCUGGCCGCCCUCGAGGGCCGCCUCAGGUCCGUCAGCCUCGAGGGCGCGCUGCAGGACCUGCUGGCCCGGGGCUCGGCCGAGGAGCGCUCCGACGAGCUGUGAACACGUCCGAGCACCCACGUUCCUGUCGGCAGUCCCGCCGGGCACGCGGUCUGCUUUAUCCACCCGAACUCGUGAUUCCUACCGCGCGGAAAGCAUGUAUUUUGUAACAGGCGAAGCUCGGGCUAGUACGGGGCCAGAACGAGUCCCGAAAUAAUCUUUGUUGACCUUUUACUGUGAUUUUAUUUUUCUCUUUGACAUGUGAAAAUAUGUUCAGUGCAUACUGGAUGGGAUAUAUUUUUUUUUUAUACAGACUUGCUGGAUAAUAAAUCUGGGAAAUGGUAGUUUGCUUUGCUCUUUCUGCUGCUGUCGGGUAAGAUGCAAAUUCAUUUUGGGAAACCAUGACCAAAAAAAAAAAUAAUAAUUGCCGCAUGGGUAAACUCACAAUUUCUGGAGUAUCUGCACCUGUAUUUUCGGACCAUUUAGGAGAGAGCGCAAGAUAUGUUGAGGGUUAGCGACGGAGGAGUGAAAGGUGUUAAGAAAACAUCCUUGUACUGAAGUUUCUGUCUCGCUACACCACCCACACGAACACCAUUUUUCAGAAAUUUUUAGGCCUGUUAGUUGAGUCAGGUACAUCAUCUGUCAUUUAAUUUUCAUGUUUUGUACGUGCAAUAAUUACACACUAAAUAUUUGAAUUUGCUAGUAUUUGUGGCAGUCACAGUCUGGCCACUGGCCGACUGUUUUAAAUGUUUGCAAAAAUUCUAAAAAGCCAAGAAUGCAUUUCCUAUGUUACAUUCUAUGAAUUUUUUUUCUUCAAGCUUACAUGCUGUUUCUGGCUUAUAUGACGACGCAGGUUAAAAAACGUCAGCUUUUCAGUAAUGAAAUUCGGAAAAUAUAUUUAUACCUUUGUAUAAGACAUGAGACUACUUUUGUCUUGCUCAUCCAAAUGCAAUUUCUUUAAAAAUGGGUGGCAUUUUAUGAGGAGAUUGUGUGAGUGUGGGAAAGCUGAGGAAAGGAAGACUGCUUUUGUUCAGCUUGCUCUGAGGUCAGGAUCUAGGUCGUGUCAGUGACGUACAGGGGUGAGGGGGUUCCUAGCAGCGUGAGGGGAUGCCAACCAGCAGUUUUACAAACAAAAGAUCUUACUGUUAAAGUUCUUUAGCAUAGAGACCACAUCAUACGCAGGCCGUGUGAGUAGCGCCUAGUGCAAGAGCAACAUAAGCAUGGUCAUGUCAACACAUCCUGUUACAUACGAGAGGAACAGCUUUCAGCUCUUUAAACUGGCAUAAAAUUCUGUGUAAACUGAUUGUGAAAAGAUACCCAAACUCUUUUUCAUCGUCAAAGAAUUGUAAUUGCUCUUAAAUAACUCAAACUCCGAAUAACUCACUUAUUCAUGGCACUCUGAAGUGAUUAGUGUGUUGUUUUUUUUCCCUUCCAAAUUUCAUUUAUGCAUGCAGCUUGAAGAAAGUAAAUUUAGUCCAUUUCUAAGGUUUUUUUUUAUAUUACAGCAAAGGAAGUUUAAGUAAUGUAUGCUAUCUGCGUUCAAUAUAAAUGUGUUUAUAUGCAUUUUUUAUAUUUUAUGUAUUAGGUUGAUUUUGGACCAGAUAAAUACCAUGUUGUCUAUUGAACACUAAAAUUGUCCCAACAUUGCUAAUUUUACCUGCUAGACCACGCAGAAGUUAUUGCUACAAGUUUACUGUGCAAAAAAUUAGUUCUAGUUGCAAAGUAUUAUUUUAAUUAAUAAGUUGACAUGGUCUAGUGAAUUGAUGAUCAACUGUCAUAAUUACCCCAACUUGGUGUUCAACAUUGGUUAGUUAAGAAACAGUAAUAUUUUUAACAGUAAUGGUGCUAAAGUUGAAAUGAUAUCGAGUAGUGGUCAGUGGGUCAGUUAGGAAGGGGAAAAAGUCGUGCAGAUUGUCUAGGGAAUGAAUAAUCAAUUGCAUGUGCGUAACAAAGCAUGAAAAGUGAGACAGCAAGUGAACAGCUGUUGUUAGAUACCAGUGCAUCAACUUGCCUGUUAAAGAAAAAUUUUUGUAAGAUAUUUUUACAAUAAAUGUGAAAUUCUUAUUAAUUUAAUGACUGAGCUAACUUCAUCACUAUCAUCAACUGCUUCCAGCCUGCGGCCGUGUCUGCUAACCCGCUAGGCCAACUUCUGAAUGGUGGAUGUUUACAGAAAAAAAUUUGCUUAUUUUUCCAGCUCCUGAUACAAUACAGGCCAAAAAAUUAUUUUGUAUUUUAAGAUUUGGCUUUCAGCACGUGGAAGCAUAGUUCUUUAUUUCACUGUUCAACUAAAAUUUUCUUUUGGUUUCUGCGUUAACAUGUCAUUCCGCACACUCUCUUGGAACACUGCGUUUUAGAGUGAGCAGCCAGUAUACCCUGUACUACGGACCUCAACAAAAAAAGUUGUCGAGAUGCCCAAGAAGACCAAGGUCGUGUGAGCUCGUUCAACGGACUGUAGAGCAGGUGGUUGAUUCGCUUGGGCAGGAAUGAUUGGCAACACGAACAUUGCGUUUACAAGAACCUGCCAUUCGACAAUCAUGCGAUAAAACGUUUUUAAACCAGGCGCAGCAGUUUGUGUGAAAAAAAAAAAGUAUCAAUGUUAAGGUGGCAGAACAAACUGUUAUAAUAAUAACAAAUCAACCUGUUCCUCUGCAACACAUGUAAGACAGUGAUGAAGCCACCUAUGCUCAUAACAAGGUUGAAAUAUGCCUUGCACCGAAUUUUGUUGUUAGAAAUCCCACAAAAUUUGUAUUACCUUCAUGAACUGUAAAAAAAUGGUAUUGCAUCACAGUUAUAUAUUGUAUUAUAAAGAUGUUUGUGGUGGGAGAAUGUUUGUUGGGUGGUUUUUUUUUAAAGGAAUUUAUCAGAAUUUGAAGAAAAUUGGGUAGACAUGAAUUAUGUGCAAUAUCUGAUUAUUUUUGUAACAUACAAACUUUUUGUUUUUUUAAAACAAAAUAAUGUGAGAUAAGGGUUAUUUGGAUCAUGUAUUUGAAGUAUUUUGUUAUGCCUUUUUUUUUUUGUGAAGCAAGUGAUUUGUCCUUUAUUACAAGCGAUUGCACCUGAGUAUUUGAAAACAUGAUUGAAAUAACUAAGUAAAGAGGAUGUAGGUGGUUCUUUUUUUGAGUAAUUUUGAUAACUGCAUUUCUCUCCAUCACAUAUUGAAAUUAUCAUUGCGCUUAGGGUUUUAAUGACUUGUUUCCAUACAGUGAUCAAGUGAAUCUGACACUAAGUCAAAGUUAUGCUUAAUUUUACUUCUGUGUAGACAGAAUGAAACUGGCCGCUAAUUUAAGCAUCUCUCUCUUGAUCAGACAUUGGAUGUGCAAGUUUCAACCCUUGCUCUUGUCAACUCGUCCGAAGUGCUGGCUAGUUACGUACCUUAAAAUGCGUGAGAGGAAGGCAGAAAUCCUUCCCAAGCAGUUUCAAAAUUCCUCAAAGAAUGAACCACUUAUAUUUGUACCUUUUCCCUGUUCCUUAGUUUAUAUUGUAUAGAAGGGGACUGGUGUGCAUUUUUGCUACGGAUGGAAAAAAAUAUUGUGUGACCAAAUAUGCGUGUGUGUUCCAAAAAAAAAAAAAAAUGUAUCAGUUAUCAGUGAAUGUUAGUAUUUUGUCAAAACCAAACUUUUUGAUUGCAGAUGAAAUUAUUUGUUGAUAGUGUCAAAUAAUUCUUUUUUAUAUAAAAAUGUUACAAAAACA